AUGGACGGGCCGCCCUCGCUCCGGGCGACGUUCGCGGCCGCGUGGAGCGCGACGCUGGGAGCCUGCUGGUCGUGGGGCUGGGCGACGCCCGCGGUCCCGGCCUGGCACCCGCCGCCGCCGCUGGCUUGCGACUCGGAGGAGGGCUGCCCUUGCUCCUGCGACCAGGAGCUUCGGCGCAUCAUCGACCUCCAGGGCGAGGUCGUGAACCUUCAGGCUGAGGUCUGGGCGCUCCGGUGCCUGCUCAUCGCCGGGCUGCUGGUGCUCGGCCUCGCGACCUCGGGCGCUGGAGCGCUGGGGUUCCUGGCGGCGCCGGGCCGAGCACCCCGAGCCGACGAUAUGGCUGACGUGCUGACCCUGGACAUUGCGGACCCGCAGAUCCUCGUGAGGCACGAGAACGAUCCGCAUGGGUUCUACUGGCACCACAGGGUGCUCUUGUUCCGCGUGGACGGCGACAUCUGGAUCGCGCUGACCCCGGACCUCGCGCUCGUGCGGAUCAAGCUGCUGGCCGUUCAGCACGAGGUGCUGGAGAGGCGGGCGCCGUUUCCGCCGCACUUGGCGAACCAGGUCUACGCUCGCGACCCCAUCGCGGGCGCGGCGCUGGCCGGCUACCGGCGCAGGGCGAAGAUGCAGGGCCAGCUGCUGGGUGUCGGCCAGGUCGACGCCGUGGAGCGGGUGAUCUGGGUGAUCGCGGAGGCUCGUUCGGCAAGGUUCGGCGAGGUCGUGGACGCGGCGCUGAUGGACGACGACGCCCACGGCGCGAGCUUCGACACGAAGGGCGCGGUGGUGCUGGAUGGCGAGGAGUUCUUUGUGCAGAAGAUAGCGGCUAGCGGCCUGGCGGACUUCAAGAAGGAGACGAAGACCGACCUAGGCGACGUCCGCACGCUCGGCGACCACACGGACGAUGCCGGGCAGCGGGUCCUCCACUUGACGGAGGCGGUCGCCCUCGUGCGCGACACCGAGCAGAAGGGCUUCUCGCUGGCCGGCAUCAGGAGCGUGAAAGAGUUCCUCGACAGCGUCGGCGCUGGGCCGGGCAACAUGACCUCGCACCAGGCGGAGUGGGAGCGUCUCAGCGGCGUGGGCGAGGGGUUGGCCGUCAACCACGUGCAUCGGAACUUGUGUGAAGUGAUUCGUCUCAUGCAUUCCUGGGGCCAGGCCGAUCUUUCGAUGAUGGCGUCGGCCGAGCUCAUCGUGCGCUGGCUGAUCCAGACGGAGAUAGCGGUGGAAAGGAACCCUCGUCACCCCGACUACAGUGGCCUCGACGUAGUCAUAUCCGCGCCCGUCAACGCCGUGGGCCGUGCCUCGACCUCGAAGUUCAACUCCUGGGUCACCGACCGCCUCAAGGAGAGGGCCGCCAUCUGGAAACAAGAGCGGCUCUAUCAGGAGGAGCAAAAGCAGACGAGGAAGGGCGACGGCAAGAAGGGCGGAGAUGACGACGGCAAAGGUCCGAAGAAGAAGAAAGAGAAGGGCGCUGGCGCCGGAGGGCGCGAGAUCGACGGCGCGGAGAUCCCUUCCCUUUGCCUCGAGAUGCUGCUGCCCUCGGGGCGCCUCCGUCCCACCGCCGUGCAGCGCUGGAUGCUCCAGAACGUCGCCCGGCGGGUCGAGGCGUAUGGGGGCUGCCCUGCUGACCUUGCCGAGGAAUCAUCCCUGUCGGAGAUCCUCGACUCUAGAGACCACUGCGGCAUGGAGCCCAAGAACCUGGCCAGCUUCGAGUUUGACAAAGUCAAGAUCCUGCAUCGGAGGGUACACGUGCGGCCCAUUCGGCGCGAGCUCCCUCCUGCAGCCCUUGGCUACCUCAGGCACUCAGCCGAUCUGAUCGAGAUGGAUGGGGCGGAGCUUGAGAGGGACCGAGCCGAGCGCGUGGCGUCCUCGCCCCACUGGGGCCCCAAGCUUGGCGGUCGCGAGACCUACGGAGGCGACUGUACCAGCGCUUGUGCCAGCAGGGAGGGCGACGUCGGGGACUGCUUCUACAUCUACACCGUCCCCGAGCUCGCCUCCCGGUUCGGCCUCGAGGACCGCUUCGACACCCACGAGCUGGAGGAGAUGGGGUGCCGGCCGGCCAUGAUCUGGGACGACGCCAAGGGGGCGGAGACCAAGGUCGAGGACGGUGAGGUACUCUACCCAUGCAUGGCCGCUGUCUGCAUGGGCUGGUCGUGGGCCCUCUUCUUCGCCAAUGAGGCCGCCGCCCACCGUUUGGAGCGGGCCCUGGGCGGAGGUGCUGACCAGAUUAUGCGUGAGAUGCAGCCUGCUCCAGCGUUGAAGCCUGGCAAGUGCGCGGCCGGCGUGUGCGUGGACAACGCGCAGGUCGUCGGUGGCUACGCGGGCGACGCCAGGAAAGCAGAUGCACGAGAUUGA